UGACGCGGCAAGGACGCUCGUCUCUCGCACGGUAGUCUCGACACGCGCACUCACGAUAACGACAAAAACAUUCAUAACAGAAACUAGUGCAUAACUUUUAUCGUAAAGUAAAAAAAAGCUUAGAAAUCCUUUUUCUGCGGUUUAAAAAUCCGUUGCGGUUUAAAAAGUGGAGAUUUGGAAUAUAUUUGAUUGUUUACAAGUUGUUUAAAUUGCAAGUUGGAGAAAAUGUGGUGGAUCCUGCGUCGGGCUCGGCUCACCGGAGCUUCCCUGUUCAGCCAAGCCACAGGGACCAAUAACAACAAUAAUGUUAAAACAGAGUCAAGACCACCGCGGAAAAAUUAUAAUCAAUUAUCGUCAAAUGAAAAGCUUGACAACAGACAAACAGAUGAUAUUCACAUCGAAGAAGGAGAAGCGGAGUCAGAUGCUAGCAGCACUGACUUGGAUGAACGCGAUACCGGAGGAGUUUGCCCACCUUGCGCGCAUGACCGAUAUAAUAACAACGUUCGGCGACAUGCACAUGAUGACUUCAGCGAUGACACAGAUUACGAUGAAGCUCUAACUUGCAAUGUAUGCGACCGGUCGUUUCCAACGCGUCGCCAACUCGCAGACCACCAACAGAAGAAACGACAUUUUGGAUGCAGUGCGUGCGACAGCCUGUUUCCCUCGCUGAUGGCUCUGGAGCACCACAAGGAGGAAUUCCAGCACUGGAGCGACUCCUCAUACUGCUCGCAUUCAGACUCGGAUGACAGCGACCUCGAGACGUGCCACGAGGACAGGCAUCGAUUACUCUAAUGCCACCACCUCAUUAUUGCCGGGGAAAAGCCCACUAAGUUGGGCACUUUUGUUUGAAAACUUCUGUACAAUUCUUCUUGUAAAACAAGCGUGUAGCUAAAUUCUAGACCUCUUUAGGACAGUACUGUUUAAAAACAGUUUAAAUUAUUAAUUUUAUAAAAACUAACCGAAUUACUGCAAGCAAUUAGGCUCGUUUUUGCAAAGUACAGGCGCAGAGCAACUCGCUAUUACAAAUACAUGUACACAUUUGCCUAAUCUCGACCAAGUUAUUCAAUUUCUCUCGUAUAAAUAAUAUAAGAUGUAGUGCAACUGCUCACUACAGUACACAAUAUUUUCGAUUUUGAUAUUCUCAAACACCAGCACUACAUAACUCUAAUACCCUUUACCAUACCCCCUUAGAUAUUUACAUUUUAUAAAAACAGUUUUUGAGCUUUAGUAAUUUGGUUUCCACUCUGAACCUAGCUACACGCUUGUCUCAAAUGCAAUGUUCUACACGAUGUCACAAUGAUCUAAAGAUUCUCAUAAAGAGUUAAGACUCAUUCGACAUCUCGACUACAUGAUAUAAUAGUAGGCUGUAAAGGUAUUAAAACUUCAAUCAAGUCAGUAAAAAACGCAUAUAUUUUAUGCCAUGAAUCAAAAUCAUAUCUGGGUCUUAAAGACUUCAGCAUUUACUUAAAAAGUAUACAAUGUUUAAUGAAUUUACAAAAACAAUGCUUUUCUCAUAAUAAUAGUCACCAGUGACUUUCCAAAAGAAUGUUUAUAAUAGGAAAUAUUACAGUAUUCCUAAGUAUAUAAUACUAUAUAUACUGAAGCCUAAUUAUUGUACAGUGUAGACACAUAUCAUUUUGUACAAGCAUAUGUACCUACUACGUAAAGGAGACGAACGAUGUGAAGUGAUUAGAAAUACUUAAUAAUUUGGUGAUUCCAUGAAGUGUCUAAGAAUAACUACAUACAUACUUAUUUAGUCUAAGUACUUAAAACAAAGACAACCAUUUUGAAGAAGACUUGGGUAUUUAAUAUUAUUGCACAUAACGCAAACUAUGGUUAUUAUUAUCAAAAAGCAAGUUUCUAAAGAAAUCUACACUGUAAUACAUAGUACAUUAUACAUAAUGGAUGAUACUAUAUCCGUACAACUGGACAAUACCAAUACUGUUGCUCCAGCGUUUGUCAAUUUCGUUAACAUCGACUACGACUCCUACGUAAUCAUUUAUAUACGAUCUUUUUUUUUGUAUUUUUGUCGUUUCAAUUGCUGGAAAACAAUUGGUUUACAUAGCAUAGACAAGUACUAACUCUAAAACAAGUAAAAAAUCUGGAACAUAGCAAUGUAACGCUGUUUUUUUAUGUAUUUUUCGAUUCGUAAUAAGUAAUGUCAUAAGAUCAUUCUAAACCUGAAUCUGAAAUAAUAUAUUUUACUUUGUCAUGUAUUCUUGGAAGUUCUCGUGUUUAAAUAAAGUAGGUAAGUUAGACUCGAUGUAAUUACAUCAGAGGCCAGUUCACAAAACUAGUGCUUCAAAUUAUAUCAGUAGCAAAUGUAAUGUAUCCAUGUUUAUAAUAGAAUAUUAUCUCUACUUCGUACUUGGCCUAGUUUUGUGAACUUUCCAUUUCUUUUCGCUUCACGUUAGCCACGUACUCCCGUCUCUUACCUGACGUCAUAUCUUUGUAAAUACUUCCUAGUGAUAUCCCGGCAAUAAUGCAUAUCACGGUACUGUUAUAUGACUGAUAUUUAGUCUAGUUCUGUAAAUAUUUGUUUAUAGGUCUGUGUCAUAAGAAUCACAAUUAGAAUUUUAAAUUCUUAGUGUCACACCAAACUAAAUGUAUGUAUCCCGCCCCCUUCCCUAUCGAAGUACCUUUCGAGUUUAUAGUAUUAUUAAUUUAAGAAUUAUAUGUAACAUUCCAACUAGUCAUACUAUUUUUAUAAAGUAUUAAAAUUGUAUUUCAACAUCAUAA